ACCGGUCCAUUAAGAAAGGCCCAAAAUUGGAAAAUCAUCAGAACCCUAAAUUUGUCUCAACUUCAUUUAUAAAUUGAGCCGCCAUUUUCAUUUUAACUCUUUACGAUUUCUGAGUGUGAAUCGACGGCGACGGUGUUUCAGCCACCCUUCUCUUCUUUGUCGUAACCAUGGUGAGAGUCAGUGUGUUGAACGAUGCUCUUAAGAGUAUGUACAAUGCUGAGAAAAGAGGAAAGCGCCAAGUCAUGAUAAGGCCAUCAUCCAAAGUUAUCAUCAAGUUCCUUAUUGUUAUGCAGAAGCAUGGAUAUAUUGGAGAAUUUGAGUAUGUUGAUGAUCACCGAGCUGGAAAGAUUGUUGUUGAAUUGAAUGGUAGGUUGAACAAAUGUGGGGUUAUUAGUCCUCGUUUUGAUGUUGGUGUCAAGGAGAUUGAAGGUUGGACUGCUAGACUUCUCCCUUCUAGACAGUUUGGUUACAUUGUUUUAACCACUUCUGCUGGCAUUAUGGAUCACGAAGAGGCUAGGAGGAAGAAUGUUGGUGGUAAGGUCCUUGGUUUCUUCUACUGAGAAUUUUUGUGAUUUCAACUUGAUGUAAUGGAGGAUCCUAGUUCCCUAGUAAUUGAAGGAGCUGUUUUUGUGAUGUGAUUUAAUUUAAUUUUGUGAAACCUAGUUCAGUAUAAUUUAUCUGAUUUCUUCUAUAAAUUUUUGAUUGUACCGGAAUGAAUGGCAUACUUGUUUUGAAUGGUAUAGAAUUUUAUUAUAA